CGGCGUGCAGACUGAUGAACCUGGAGGGCGCGCCUCUGGCGUACAGCGGCGGCGGCUCGGAGCAGCAAUGUGAUGUGGUGGCCGCCAUCGCCUCCAAUAUCUGGGCUGCCGGCACCAAGCACGGACUCACCGUGUUUGAUGAUCAGCUGGCGCUGCAGCUGUUCGAUUGUGAGGAGGGCCGCAUGUGCGUCUGUCCGGUGACGUCUCUGCUACUGUGCGUGUUCGGCGCGCGCACCGUGCCGCUGGGCAUGCUGCGGGCCAAAGCCGAGGCGCUCGGCGGCUACCUGUCGGGGCCGCUGACGGAGGUGGCCGGCGCCGACUGACGCCAACACUGGCCGGCGCUGCCUGCAGCUCGCCCUACCGCCGUGCCGGCUAACGAUGGCUGCUGAGCGCAGUGCUGCCGGCGGUGGUGAGCCGUUCUACGAUGGCACCGGCGGCCGGUCGGAGCCGCGGCGUCCCUGCAGCCGGCGGCCCGGCGGUAGGAGCCGCGGCGUCCCUGCAGCUGGCGGCCCGGCCGGUAGGAGCCGCGGCGUCCCUGCAGCCGGCGGCCCGGCGGUCGGAGCCGCGGCGUCCCUGCAGCCGGCGGCCCGGCGCGGGUCGGAGGGCACGCCGUCACGGCCGGGCGGCCCGCAGCAGGGCAGGUGCAGCGCCGGGCGGGCCGCAGCUGACCGAGCGUGGCCAACGCGUGCUGUGUUUGUUACCCAGGGCCCAGUGUAAUCGCGCGGUCCGGGGACCGCUUAUAUAAUGGGAUAAACUCAAAAUUUUAGGUACAUAGGUAUACCCGCCAGUGUCUAUUGUUUCUUGAUACUGCUAUCCUGUCCCGUCCUGGACAUAGGGGAAGGUGGGGUAAGACGGCCCAGCGGGGCAAGACGGACCACCAGCCCUCCCGGCUAAACCGCUGCUGGUAUCUACUGCUUUAUGCACUCACUAUGUUUGUUUUCCUUCGUAACAAUGGCCACCUUGAGCUCAUGCUGCUAGGACGCAUAGCUUUUGAGUUAUUGAGAAAAAUGUUGUUUUUCGUCAAACCGAUCUAAUAUAAGAGGUCUACGGGUGAUUCAAUUACGGCGCCUUUCUUGCAUGAUUAGUUUCUAUUUUGCACUUUACUGUGAAGAACAAAGUUAUAAACAUAGUUAUAAUCACACUUUAGGAAAGGCAAGGUUUUGCAAUGUUGGGCUAUUUGACAUAUACGUCAUGAUAAUGACAGAAUUUAGAUUUGGGGCAAGACGGACCACUGUGAUCCAUCUUACCCUGUGGUGGUCCAUUGUACCCUGCAUAUGGAAAGUUUUUUUUGCAAAACAUUGACACAAGUUUAAGUAAGCUAAUUUUUCAGGAAGGAGUCUUUGUUGCAUGUGAGCCAUGCAUGAAAGUGCUCAGUUAGCAUGCAUUCAUGCCAAACGACAAUCAACACACAUGUUCCCAGCUUUCAGCUGCACUUCCAUCACACAUGAGUAAAGAAUAAAGGCUCAUUUUGUUAUUUUACCAUUCUGGUUACUUUUUCUUACAAGAGUACAGAGCAGAAGUGUAACACACAUGAACGGAUAGCAGGCACUGCUGGGUGGUCCUUCUUACCCCACGUUUUUUCUUGUCUGAGUUUUUGACAUGUCCCUCUUUAAGAGCAUCCACCACCUAGAUGUCUUUAAUUUGAAAUUUAGUCUUUACACAUAUCAACAGAGGAAGGAUUGAGCAUUCCGAAGACUAUAAAUAAUAUGAAUUACGAGAGCAGUGUAGCAAGAUAUGCGGCCUCAAACCUUAGCUGGUCCGUCUUACCCCACCUUCCCCUACAGUAGUGCCGCGUCAACUUUGAAACUGGUCUACUCGCUUAGCUUUUUUUUACUUGAAAAUGAUUUUGUCAUGUUUAUUGCCUUUUUAUUUCGCUAUAAGGGCGUUUCCUCAUUGCGGACGGGUUGGAAAAGUAUAUGAGUGAACGUAUUAAGCCUUCAAGACGGUACUAGAAUAUGUCGGGUUAAGGCUCACGUAUGUCGAUGUAGAGCUCAAUAAAUGUAUUGCUGCUA